AUGUUUGGAAUGUUGUUGGCAAGCGGCGCUACGCCCUCGAUGGCGAUGGGACCUGGCGGAACCUUCGGCUAUGCUGAGGUCAACAUGCAGGGGCACCCAGCAUGCAUUCAGAUCGGAACUCACGGCUCCUUGACCAAGGCAGAGUUGGAAGAGAUUGCCUCUGGUGGUCCUCAUGCAUGGACGCCUGGCGCCUGCCCAGCAAGAUACUCCAAGUUGGACUACGGUGUUCAUGUUCUGUCCGCCCCUUAA